ACAGCAGUAUCUCCACUGUUAUUGGCAUUUAUCCUACAAAUGACUGCUUGAAUGCAGUGUGGUGCCUUUGGCUUCAUCUGAUGAGUGCAGCCUAGGAAAGGGAGCUGAAGAAGCUGGCAACUGCUCCUAGAUGAGAGAAUGGAAGGAGAGAGAGAGGCUUGACGCUCCUUCUACAUAAGCAAAUUGCCAAUAAAUUAUGCAGGUUUCCUUGGAAGUGAAGUUAUACGUACAGUCAAUGCACUCACAAAUAGGGGAGUCACAGCACAGCAGUGCAGUCUCAACAUCCUCGCUUCUACUCUCUCGGGCACAAACUGGAUAGUUCUUUCUGCAUUUUAGCCCUUCAUCACUCUUCUGUACGGUUUGGAUUUUGUGUAUGUGUGCGUGUUGGGGGGAAAACCAUCAUCAUCAUCAAAUCUCAAAAUAAAAGGGAAGGAAGAGGAAAAAAAAAACUGCCGGAAUCUGGUGUCCUGUGGGGAAGAUUGAUAGCCCUUUGGAAUGCUAUAAGUGCAAGUUGGAUGGAUUACAAAUAUGAAACACAACUGGCGCUGACACUUUGCCUGCUCGACUAAAGGGCUGAAAUGCGAUAGGACAUCCUUAUUCUCCUAGGAAACCUUGGGUAUUCACGAGAACACACAUUCAAAGGAUUUUUUAUGUUCUACUGUAUGUUGUACAGGGAGAUCUUAGGAAGCACAUUUACUGCAGGCUUCGGGUUUUGUCCUUUUCUUUGGAUCUACAGGCACUGAUCUUUCUACAGAUAAGCCAGGAACCUACAAAUAAAAACGGAACAAGACAGAGAAGUCUCUGAAUAAUUAGAAAGGUGAAUGAAAAUCUUGUACCGAAUCUUGGAUAGAAAGCAGUCAAGAAAAUGCCAGCAUCUGCUGAUAAUGGAUGGGCCCAGUUAUCCGUGUCACAGUGGAACCUUUGUUGGCAGUUCUCUUGAAGAAAUGCAUCUGUUUCUGAAUUUCUUUUACUUUUUAAUUCCCUGACUCAAAGUAAUUAGUUCCAGAGCCUGGGCCAGCAAUUAAACAACAUCUACAGCUUAUUUCCACGGAUGGAUUUCAGCCAAAAGAUACAUUAGAACAUUAGCUUUCCAUGUUUCGUACAGUAUGAAGAAGCGGCUGCAGUUUGCUUUCACUGGCAAAAUCCAAAAUGAAGAGGAGAUAUUUUCUGAUAUGAAAUGCUGAGCAGGAGACCUGCCUUAUAUGAAGGUUAAUAUCCUUGGAAUGCCGCUAAUUGAUAGCAAGGCAUAAUUAAGCUGAGACGUUUUAGGCCUACACAGAUAAUCAAUCGAAUCAUUUAUUGUGUGAUUAUUUUCUUCCAGUAAGAAGCAGUCACCAUUUGCAGCUCUUAUGGCUAUUUUAUAUUUGGAUUAUGGUUAUUUAGCUUGUCCAGGGUCACAAUCAGACCCCUAUUUGGUUCUGUAGGCUUAGUGCAAUGAGUGUGCUCAAGGCUCUUUGUGCCUUACUGAAAAGUUUUACGUUUUACUUUUGUGGACCUCAACAAUAAGGGUUCACCUCACACACCCUUCUAAUGGCUGACUUGAAUUUAUAGACAUAUUGAUGACAGCCUGUAAUUAAUUGGCAACAACAAAAACAAGCAAUCUUCAAUCUCAAGAUGGUGCUGCCACCUCCUGACAAACGUCAUGUGUGUCUUACAACAAUCGUCAUCAUGACAAGCAUGGCAUUUAUGGAUGCCUACCUGGUGGAACAAAAUCAAGGACCAAGGAAAAUCGGAGUGUGCAUUAUUGUGCUUGUCGGUGACAUCUGUUUUUUAAUUGUUCUUCGUUAUGUGGCUGUUUGGGUUGGAGCUGAGGUAAAAACGGCUAAGAGGGGUUACGCCAUGAUUUUAUGGUUCUUAUAUAUUUUUGUGUUGGAAAUCAAGUUAUAUUUUAUAUUUCAAAACUACAAAGCAGACAAAAAAAAUGUAGAUACUGUGGCCAGGAAGGCAUUGACUUUGCUUUUAUCCAUCUCCGUGCCAGGACUAUAUUUGGUUCUGGUAGCACUAGACAGUAUGGAAUAUGUAAGAACUUUCAGGAAAAAGGAGGACCUUAGGGGCCGUCUCUUUUGGGUGGCUCUUGAUUUACUUGACAUUUUGGAUAUUCAAGCCAACCUGUGGGAGCCUCACAAAACUGGAUUGCCAAUCUGGGCCGAAGGUCUCAUGUUUUUUUACUGCUACAUCCUACUUCUAAUUCUACCUUGUGUCUCGUUGAGUGAAAUCAGCAUGCAAGGAGAACACAUCGCCCCCCAGAAAAUGAUGCUUUACCCAGUCUUAAGCCUUGUCACAAUCAACAUUGUCACCAUUUUUAUCAGAGCAGUCAAUAUGAUUCUUUUUCAAGACAGUAGAGUUUCGACUAUCUUUAUCGGAAAGAACAUUAUUGCGAUAGCCACAAAGGCCUGCACUUUUCUGGAAUAUAAAAAACAAGUGAAAGAAUUUCCACAAAACGCCAUUGCUUUAGAACUUCAACAAAAUUCGAUAUCACACAAUCAGACAAUUCACAGUACACAGGGGGUUCAUCAUGAGCAGUCACCAUCAAGGGAAAUAAUUGAUACAUGACCAUGUAUUUGGCUUUCAGCAUUAACUUUUGUUGGAAAGACAGGCUUACCCAAUGGAAUAUAAUGUUUUUGGAGAUCUAGAAAGACUGACCAUGCAGAAAGGGAUGGGCAAAUGCAACAAAAUACAUGUUUACGGUAUAUUUUUCCUACAGAUAUUGGCCCAGACAGACAGUAUACCAUAAGAACUUAUUUUCAACACUGUAUACAUGACCUUUCCUGAUUUAUCAGUUGUGAAUAUGAGAUGUAAGGAAUGUUGUGGCAUAGACUGACUGAUUUUAUAACAAUCAAAUCUAAAGGUGUACUGUGAAAUAAACUGAAUAAAGUGUUCCUAUUCCAGUCA